AUGAGUUUAAAUCCAAAAACAUUUAUAGCACCAUUUGUUAAAAAUGCUAGAUUUCCAGAUUUAGAAACAUCAAUUAAAGUUGCAGAUAAAGCACUUGAUCUAUAUACAAGGUUGAAAUCAAAUUAUCAAAUUACCCCAAACGGAGGGAGCUGUGUUGGCAUGGCCGCUAUCUCUCUAGGUGUUAUGAAUGAUACAAUUUUGCAAAAUCUUCUUCAAACUAGCGGACAAAACAUGAAAAUGUUUAUAAAAUCGGUAAACGAAAUCAGAACAUUGCUAAACGUACUAAUAAAUAUCUCAUUUACUUCAUUAGCCGAGGAGUGCAAUCUACCCACACGCUAUGCUACAACUGCGAAUGAAAUUUACAAUGGUCUCAAAGAAAGAGAUCCAGAUGAUAUUGGUUUACAACGUCCUGCUGUUUAUGCUGGAGUUUUGUUAUGCAUUGCAGUUGCUCGCGGUCAUAAGAAAGAUGAUGUUCUACAAAAUUUAUCUCGCAAGACAUAUUCAGAUCCAGUUGACAUUCUUGGCGUUGAAAAGAUGGUGAAAGAGUUUGCUGGAGGUAAAUAUGGCUUGAAAGCUGAGAAUACAAAAGAAUCUUUACCUCCACCAACUCGCGUUGAAGUUUCUCCUGAACUCAAAGCUGCAACCAAUGAAAUAAUGCAGAAUAUGCAAAAAGAUAAAAACAAAAAGAAGAAGCAAACAACAUUAUCUUUUACAUAA